UCGAUAUAUAUCCUAUCAAAUUCGCCUGCCACGAAUUAAGUUUUUUUCUUCCGCCUACGAUUUAUGCAUAUUUGCACUAAAUAAUAAUUGGCAAAGUUCUAAUACCGCUUAUAGGAGCGGUUAGGUUAUGUUUUUAACCAUCAGUUUGUGCGGGUUUUGGUUAAACAUUUGGUAGCAGGCGUGUAUCAAUCGGAGCCGGCGUAAGAGAAAAAAAAGCAACAAAAACAACAACAACAACAACCCCGACGCAGACCAACCGGCAUCAUGAUCUUGGCUAUGGCCAGGGACCUUUUAACCUGGGAGAAGCAAGAACAUCUGGUUAAACUUAUCAUAUUAAUAACAGCUGCAGUUCUAUCGUUUGCCACGCGCUUAUUUUCGGUGCUGCGUUUCGAGAGCGUGAUACAUGAAUUUGAUCCGUAUUUUAAUUACCGCACCACGCGGUUUUUGGCCGAGCAGGGCUUCUACAAAUUCCACAAUUGGUUCGACGAUCGCGCCUGGUAUCCGUUGGGCAGGAUCAUCGGUGGGACCAUUUAUCCCGGUCUUAUGGUUACAUCCGCCGCAUUGUAUCGGAUAAUGUGGCUAUUGAACAUAACCAUAGAUAUACGCAAUGUGUGUGUAUUCCUGGCGCCAUUUUUCUCAUCACUGACCACACUGGUCACCUAUGCCCUUACCAAGGAGAUUCAUAGCACAGGAGCUGGCCUGGUGGCGGCUGCCUUAAUUUCGAUUGUGCCUGGCUAUAUCUCGCGAUCUGUGGCUGGUUCCUAUGAUAAUGAGGGAAUUGCCAUCUUUUGCAUGCUCUUCACUUACUAUCUGUGGAUCAAGGCUGUCAAGACUGGUACCAUUUUUUGGUCAAGCCUUUCCGCUCUGGCCUAUUUCUAUAUGGUCUCUUCGUGGGGUGGCUAUGUUUUUCUUAUCAAUUUGAUACCUUUGCACGUGCUUGCAUUGAUGAUGACAGGACGAUUCUCGCAUCGCAUCUAUGUAGCAUAUAGCACCCUGUAUUGUGUUGGCACAAUCCUAUCCAUGCAGAUUUCAUUUGUUGGCUUCCAGCCCAUCCAGAGCUCAGAACAUAUGCUGGCAUUGGGUGUUUUUGGUCUCUGUCAGAUACAUGCUUUUGUCGAUUAUUUGCGCUCACGUAUGCCGAAAGAUCAUUUUGAAUUGCUCUUUAAGACGCUCGUGUCAAGUGUAUUGACUAUUGUGCUGGUUGUUGGUACCUUGUUGACUAUCACCGGCAAGGUAUCACCCUGGACUGGACGUUUCUAUUCACUGCUGGAUCCAUCAUAUGCCAAAAAUCAUAUACCAAUUAUUGCAUCUGUAUCAGAACAUCAGCCUACAUCAUGGUCAUCUUUCUAUUUUGAUCUGCAGAUUCUAGUCUUUCUGUUUCCUGCCGGCCUUUACUUUUGCUUUGCACGCCUCACCGACUCGAAUAUAUUUAUCAUCUUGUAUGGUGUGACAAGCAUUUACUUUGCUGGCGUUAUGGUUCGUCUGAUGCUUGUCCUUGCGCCAGUGAUGUGUGUACUCUCGGGCAUAGCAAUUUCCCAUCUCUUGGCCAAAUAUAUCAAAAGUGUCGAUGCUGGAGGAGCAGCCAAGGCAACAGAAAGCAAGCGACAGCAUAAAAAACUGGAACAACAGAGCGGUGGUGUUAAGAGUGAGGUGGCCAUCGGUUUUGUGGGCAUAAUCACAUUGAUGCUAAUCGUAUAUACUCUACACUGUACAUGGGUAACCUCGGAAGCGUAUUCGUCACCCAGCAUUGUGCUCAGUGCUCGAUCCCAUGACGGCGGUCGCAUUAUAUUUGAUGAUUUUCGUGAGGCCUAUUACUGGCUGCAGAUGAAUACUCCAGAGGAUGCUCGAAUUAUGUCUUGGUGGGAUUAUGGCUAUCAGAUAACAGCUAUGGCAAAUCGUACCAUUUUGGUGGAUAACAACACUUGGAAUAAUACUCAUAUCUCACGAGUUGGCCAGGCCAUGGCAUCAUCUGAGGAGAAAGCAUACGAGAUAAUGAGAGAAUUGGAUGUAGAUUAUGUAUUAGUUAUAUUUGGUGGCCUAACCGGUUAUUCAUCCGAUGAUAUUAACAAAUUCCUUUGGAUGGUACGCAUCGGUGGCAGUACAGAUCGCGGUGCUCACAUCAAGGAAAAGGACUAUUAUGCGGCCAAUGGUGAAUUUCGGGUGGACAAAGAGGGAUCACCAACAUUACUCAAUUGUCUGAUGUACAAGAUGUGCUAUUAUCGUUUUGGUCAAAUGUACACAGAAGGUGGCAAGGCUCAAGGAUAUGAUCGUGUUCGAGCGGCGGAAAUUGGCAACAAGGAUUUUGAGCUAGAUGUUCUUGAAGAGGCCUAUACCACAGAGCAUUGGCUAGUGCGUAUCUAUAAAGUCAAAGACUUGCCAAAUCGUGGUGUCUAAAUUGAUAUAUACCAGACCAAGCCCACCACCCACAUUAUAAUUGUGCGUGUGUGUGUUGUACAUUAGCUCGCGCUCUCUCUCUCUAUCUCUCCCUCUCUAUUAUGUCUUUGAAAAAAACAUAUUUCAUUUGGUAAUCUCUUACUGAGUAUUAUUGUUGCUUUCUCUGUCGUCUGUUUCAGCUGACAAUAAGUCGCAUUUUAGUUUAGUAUAUACUUUUAAUAAUGUAUUUUUUUUUUUUGGUAAUUCGUAUGUUUAUGUAAAUGAUCUAAGAAUGAAGGCGUAAGAACAAAAAGUGAAUAAAAUUUAUAAAUGGAAAAUAAUGUAAAAAUAUGGAAAAGUUUCAUCGAUUUCAUCGGGAGGACAGGAUAAAGAAUGAAUUUUGUCCUCAUUUUUCUCAGUUUACGUAAUGGCAAAUAAAGUGAAUAAGCUCGACUAA